AUGAUAUUCAGUUCAUUUCAAUAUAACUAUAAACAAGGUCAGUAUGAAAGUAUCCAAUCUCAUUCAAUGAUUUAUAUUACAAUGAGUGUAUUGGCUACAUCAUUAUUAUUCUAUGCCAUAAAUAUGAAAUCAUAUAAACGUCCAUUACCAAAAUGGUAUGAUGAAGCUAAAAUUGGUAUAUUUAUACAUUGGGGUGUAUUUUCUGUACCUAGUUAUAGGACUGAAUGGUUUUGGUGGAUGUGGCAAGGUGACAAAACAACAAUGCCUGAAAUACCGGAAUAUAUGCGUAAAUAUUAUGAACCAGAUUUUGCAUAUGCCAAUUUCGCAAAACAAUUUCAUGCGGAAUUUUUUGAACCUGAUAAAUGGCCGAUUUAUUUCAGAAAUCAGGAGCACGUUAUGUAG